UCAGCUGGCGUGCAUGCGAACGCGAACACCAAAGAGGGGGACUCGAGGGGGGUAGGCCUAGUCAGAGUUUUCAUCAUUUUUUCAACAUUUGUAGAUUAAGUAUUUAGUUUGUUUUCACUGUGUAUAUGUUGUUAGAGUUCUACAUGUUAUAAAAGAAAAUUCAAAGCUGCCAAGACCAAGAUGUAUAGAUUGAGAUCCCACUACAAUCUCUGUUGCCUGCCCCAUGAGGUCCUGGUCCAACUCUUCAAAUUUCUGCCUCUCAGAGACUUAAUCAAGACCAGACAGGUUUGCUCCAAGUUUAAAUGGCUAAUCGACAGCACACCCCACUUGUGGACGACAGCAACUCUCGUUGAUGAGUGGCCUAAUAAUGUCAAUUUCAAACACUUUGAAAGGGCAGCUGAGCUGAACAAUGUGGAGGCGUUGAUCAAGUUAGGCAUAGCUUGCCUCUACAAUGAAGGAUAUCCGGGAUCGUUUGAUAACGACACCAAUGCCAAAGGUCAACACGCUGCUGAGUUUCUCUGCCGAGCAGAGAGGCUGCUCAAAGGCAGGGAUCUGUUCCUAUGGGCUCUCAUACGACCCCCCUGGAGCAAGAACGGCGCCUGCUGCAAGGCUUCUGUCUUCACACUGUUAAAGGAAAUGGCAAUCAACUCUCAGGAAUGUGACAAAACAGUUCUAUACUGCAUCGCAAGAAUCAACAUUAUACUGCAGGAGGAAGAUCCUGAUGAUAAUGGGAUGGCAAGGGACACACACAUGUGGCUGUCCAGAGCUGCGGCUGCCGGCUCACACAAAGCCACGCUACAACUCUGGCAAUUCAACGAGAAAGACUGUCUGGAUGCUGCCUCCAAACUGGACAGAAUAAGACAACUCAGGGAAAUUGUAGCGUCGCAACCAUCCAAAGUGGCUAAGAUGGAACUAUUCAACGCUUACGCCAAGGGUCAUUUUGGCGGUCUACCUGAGUCCCAAGCAGCUGAAGCCACCCGCCAAUACAUCCAGGAAUCAGGCCCAGGAAACUCAGAGAAUCUCUUCAAUGUGCAGUCAACGCUCAACAAUGCAAUGAGAUAUAUCUUAGUGGAUUGGUUGGUGGAGGUAGCUGGCAUGAAGGGCUACUCAUCUCACACUCUGCACAUGGUCGUGAGUUGCAUUGAUCGAUACCUCAUGCAUCAACCAGUCACUAGGGGGAAUCUACAACUGGUGGGCAUCACAGCGAUGGUCAUCUGCUCAAGGCUACUGGAGCCAGACAUCAUCACCAUCCGGGAGGCUGCGUGGCUUACAGACGGCACCUACAGAUAUGAGAAGGUGGUCCGAAUGAUGGGAGAUAUCCUAGGUACCCUGCGUGGAAAGAUAGACGUUUCAUCAGUGUGGGAGUACCUAAUCCUGUACUGUCAGCUAGCCGGCGCUGACCGUCGCUUGAAGUAUCUUGCCCUGUACAUCAGUGAGCUGACGCUACUCCAUAUUGAGUUUGGUCGUUACUCAUUGGCCCUCCUAGCAGCUUCGGUCUUCUACCUAGCCAGAAUCAUCGAUGUGUGUGAUUGCACCUGGCCUUCCAAGCUAGUGGCUUUCACAGGUUUCCAGCAAGGAGACCUUGUAUCAUGUACACUCCACCUUCACAAAAAAUGUUUUUCAGAGGAGCCACUGUUGGACCACCGCAACAUCAAGCUGUCCGCAGUGAAGCAGCGCUACGAGGAAGAGGAAUUCCAAGAGGUCAGCAAGAUCCCAGUGUUGGACUACGCCACGUUGCGCGCUCAUCUCUACGUCAAGGAAGACGACCUGAUCGUCGAGGAUAAGAUCCUGUCCUUGCCCGGUACCCCGACUCCCUGUGGUAGAAUGGAGCCCUUCCUCAUGUCGCCGUCCCGGACCUCCAGGCCAAACAGGCAUCAGGAAGAGCCCAAACAAGACAGGGAGGACCUUGUUACCACGCCAACGGGCGAGCUAUCCACCAAUGCCCUCGAAAGAAGCUUCCAAGACGCCAGGAACGAGAGCAUGAUAUCCUUGGAAUCGGGCUAUGACGCCGACAUGGAAAGUGAUGCGGAGGGAGAAAUGUUAACCGACAAUGCUAAUGAUAAAGGCUUUGUAUGGCCCGUCUGUACUUCUGAUGUAGCUACCUCACCUAAGGACCUGCCCGCCUCAACAUCCACCGCUGGAGAAUCUUCCCAUCAAGCAUUCCAGGAAUCUCAGGCCGAACCCACCGUAUGCACCAGCGCUACAACCAGUGCAAUACCCAUCGCCGAAGCAAUGCACCGUAACCAGGAACGCACAACCACUGAACCUGAGGCCGACGCCAAAAUAUCGUGUGCUGCUGGUAAGUCAACCGCCACUCCCCUGCCAACAUUUGCCACCAGAGAUCAGCAGAGCCUCAACGGCCCCGUCGUGUACAGUGACCCCAGCACCUCAAGGGACAAAGUCCCCCAACCUCAGAGGCCCUAUGUAGGCCAGACUUUCAAUUUCGACUCCAACGGCAAGCUGAGAUUGGGCUCACCCCGGCGACCGCUCAAGCGACUAGAGAACAGCCGGUGCCGGAGGAAAUCCAGAAAACAGUACAGUGACAGGAGGAAUGGGAGUCGAACAAAUGAAGCUGAGAAUGCGCAGCUGCAGACCUAGGCGUGACAAUAUAAUACAAGUUUCUACUCAGGAGUUGGACAUAUUUUAACCAAUGAGCGCGCUGUUACAACGUCUUUCGAAGUACAAACUUGAAUCGCAGGUUAUCGACGUAAGUCGACAUAUCGCUAUAAUUAAACAAAGUACAGUUUUCACAGACUUUAAGUUUACGAUUAACCCUAACCCCUUGGGUGUUUCGACUAGGAACCCUGCUGAACGCAGCAACAUGCAUCACUUGAGUGAAUGACAAGCCUGCUCAGUGGAGCAAGACCAUCGGGUCAAACAUCUCAAGGCUAAACUGCCUGAGAGUCUGUGGUCUCCAACUGCAGCAGGAUACAACUGUGGCAUCGUUCAAUGGAAAGAGCUCUCAUUGUUUCAGAAUCUUCCGUUUUAUGCACUGGUGUUGAUGGCUCAGUGCAGCAAGGUCCCAGGUUAACUUGUGCAUCUGAUGCACUGUAUUGCACUUGGCAGGGUUACGGUUAAAGAAAAGUUUAUUCAAUUUACAAUGUAUAUGAUGUUAUUCUGUAUGUACGUUAGCCCCCCCCCCCUUGCUUCAAAAUGUGGCCUUUUUCUUUUCAUGGAGCAGUUUGUGUUUACAAAACUGUCACUAUGAUGGUCAAAUUCAUGUCACUGACUAAACAGAUAUCUGUAUAAGAUUUGAUACAGUACUCUCAGCAGUUUUAAAAUCUGAAUGUCAGUUGAGAUGAACUGUGCAUGUAUUCAGCAAUUUCAGAUAGAAUGAAAGCCGUGUUUUAGUUUCAAUUUAAAGGGCUCACUCAAUGACAGCCAUCUCUGUAGGAGAACUGCAACUACGUAUUUUACGCAAUCAAGCACGCAUUGCGCAGUGUUGAAAAUGUUCCAAACACUCGCGCUUGUUGCGCAAAAUGUGUUUGAAAUAUGAUGCAGCAGAUGCAGGUUAUGCAAGUUGACGCUCAAAACGCCGAUGCACGUGGAUGGUCUGUAGGAAAUGACGUCAUUUUGAACGAGACCUAUUUGGUGCAUUAUCAAGAAACAUUAGAAUAGUAUGAUGAUUUUUUUUAACAAGCUGAUAGUGCUUGUUCAGUCUCUUGACUUAAUACAUGAAUUCAAAUUAAGUGUCAGUCAGAAGUUGCUGAGAUUGAUUGAGCAAUAAGCCUCUGUACUGAUGACUUCUUUUAGACCAAGUACGGGUUCCUGCACAAAUAAAUAUCUAUUCUGAAAUCCUGUUCUUUUUGCAAUUUGUGCUUGACGUGUACCUGCGCAGAAUUUGAGGCUGGUUCAAGCAAUUAUUGAAAUGUAAUGACAUCAUUAUUGGUUGUUGUCUUCAAACAAAUGUGUUAUAUUGAUAUAUCCAAUGCUUCACCUAGCCUCACGAUAAAUCAUUUUUGAUCCUUUUUAAUCUAAAUGGUCAGAAAAUGUUCGAAACAUGAUGAAGUAAAAGUGUGCAUUCCAAGAUUCCACUUGGACAUAUUCUCAAGAAAGUUACUAUGCAAACAAUGAAAUUUAUGUACAACUAGUCUUUUUUUUCCUUCUUAUUUUUAGCUUUUAGUUUUGUACUGAUAAAGAAAUACAUACUUUGUUUAAUAAAAAAGGGCAAGUAAACAAGAAACAGUACUUUCUGUUGAAGUCUUUCAAAUCUGCCAACCCUAGAGGUCAAUUUGAAAAAGGUGGUUUAUUUUUUUGUAUUGCAAUACCUUUUACUGGCAAAGUGAUGACUAUAAUGCAGUUUUGCAAAUAACAAGUCCACACAUAUGAAUUUACCAAAAACAAUUUUUUUGGAGUAAAUUACAUUUCAUACUAUUCCUAGCUUAAAUGUAGAAUUUGUUAGACAUUAUAGAUUUUUUUCCCCUUUUCUUUUCAAUUUUUACUUUUCUUUGAUUUUUUUUUUGUUACAA